UUUUUUUAUUCUUAUUAUUUUAUUAUGAAUUUUUACCUAUUCAGCAUAUGAAUACAGAAGGUAAUAUAUAUAUAUAUGUAUAUAUAUUAACAUAAUAAAAGUAUGUUCAGUUACUUGAUUAGUUAUGUAUUUUUUCGCUACAUAGACAAUUAUUUUAAUACAUGUCGUGAAUGUCAUAAACCAAUUAUGACACAUCAACAAAGAUCAUUAAGAAUGACUGGAACAUUAAACAAUGAGAAAAAGAAGAAACGUCAACAACAAAAAGAUAGUAAAUCUAUUUUUAUAAAGAUAGAUAAAAUUUUAAAAAUUGUGUUUUGUUAUGGCAGUAACAAGAAAUGGAAAAAGAACAAUAAAUGUAAAAUAGAAGAAGUAGUAAAUCACUGUAAAUGUUCUUCUCUUCCCAUUAGAAAGUUAUCAGAUUCAUUGAUAACUACUGUCAACUUCCAUGCUGAACCAUCGUCUUACGAUCAUCAGAACCCAACAGGUAAAAGUAAUAUAAAUGAUGUUACCUUUAACAUAGACAGACAUAUAUUUGUUUAUAUAGACUUUAGUACUGGUCAUCACUGGAUCUUUAGGACUGGUUGGACACCACAUCCUAAUUUAUUAUCAGCAACAACGGGUUUGUGUGAUAACUGUCAUGAAAGGGUUCACAAGGAUUCAAGACAAUGUCCACAUUGCGGUGAAAAUGUUCUAUUCUAUAUAUAAUAGUAUACUUUAUAUAGAAAAUAUAUCUAAAUUGAGAAUAAUUAACAGGCAACUUUGUUCCUAUGGAGAUUAAGGGGAAGAGUGCUUCUUUUUUUUUUUAACAAUAUAGGGAAUUAUUCUCUGUCUGUGAAUAUCUUUAAUGUAUAUUUACUUUAACUGAAGUUUGUGUUAAAGAUAAAAUACAUGUAUAAUAAAUAUAGUACUAGUGUAUAUAUAAUUUUGUUGAAUAGAAGGUUCUGUAAUGUGUUUAAUAAUAGACUUCUUUAUCUAUAAAAGUCACAUAAUA